GUAUGGCCAACGUUUCAACGAAAACCCUGGACCAUAUUCUGCACCUGGUCCCUCCACGAACCCUGCCGGAAUGCAUCGAGGCGUUCCGCGCGCUGGGUUUCACCAUCUCCCCCGGAGGCACCCACUCCCAUGGCCUCACCGCGAACGCGCUCGUCGUCUUCGCAGACGGCACCUACCUCGAGCUCGCCCACUUCGUCGCCCCCCCGCCCGCGAACAGCACCCACGGCUGGGCACAGAAGCAGUCCGGGUGGAUCGACUACGCCUUCGCCGGGAACGGGGGCGCGCCCUCCAUCGCGGAGGCGAUCAACGCCCGCGCAGAGAAGGAAGGGACCGCGGUGCGGUACGAGCCCGAGAUACGGGGCGAGCGCAGUCGGGACGCGGACGGGGCGCUGCUGCAGUGGACCAUCACCGGCCGCGUGGGCGGCGAGGAGCGUUUCCGGUCACCGUUUUACUGCGGGGACUUGACCCCCAGAGAGCUGCGGGUCCCGCUUGAACCCUCGAACAUCACGCACCCGAACACCGCACAAGGGAUCGCGUACUUCAAGAUCCUCGUCCCGCGGGAGGAGUUGGACGGCACGGCCAACCAGCUCACGUCCGUCCUCGGCUCCGCCCCGCGCACGUCGACGUCGUCCGAGAUCGCCUGGGAUCUCGACCCUCAGCCGUCCCGCGUCAGCUUAGUAUCUGCCCCCACGCAGCUCAUCCUCCGCGCCGCGCAGGACGAAGAGGAGCUGGCGUACGUGCGUGCGCGGGGGGCGAGCGUGUACGAAGUGGGGUUCUUCGUCCUAGAAGGCAAAGACGAGUUGGCUGGUGGGACGCUGUAUGGACGGGUCGCGUGGGUUCGCGGAUCGGGGGAUGGCGGAGGUGCUUAGAGCUAUGGUGCAGUUCACUAAGUCGCCACCACUUUUGGACGUGGUAAGCGCCCGCAUGCGCGCCAUGCUAUAAGUCCCGCAGCUUCCAACAAAGUCGUCCCAUAACUUGUCAUUGGCAAGCAUUCCACAGGGGGAACAGAU